CCAGCCUCUUCAAUCUUCUGCUGUUCAUCCACAGUCCACCUUCGACAGUGAUUGCCCAAUCGCGCGCAGAGCUUCCUUGCUCUCAACACCACAACAACAACUCAACCGCUUUCACCUCAAGCUGUGGUCGCUGCUCCUCGACCACGUCGCAUCGUGUUGGACUUUAUAGCUUCCCCUGGAUUCCCAGACCUUCUUUGAUGGUGGUGCAAUUGUAGCAGUACACCCACCGACUGCAGCGAGCACCGCGCUCUCGACUUUGUGACCUCAAGCAACCAACCAACCAACCAACCAACUUGGGAGACCUGAAGCAAGAGGGCAAACGAAGCAAGAGCGACAACACAGCAUCACAGCAAAGCGCGGAGAAUCACGAAGCUGCCAGAUCACGCUGCACCCUUGGAGCUCCAACUUGUGCCGACGCCAGAUUUCCAUCAGCCUCCAUCCGCCUCGUUCUGGAGCUUCCCCUCCCCUCGACGCUCGCGACGAACUCUGAACCGCUUUUGCAGGUGGCACCGACAACCAUCCCGCUGCCAUCCCACCAUCGUCCUGUCGGGUGUUAGCAUCACAUAUCCGCCAUCAUGAAUCCAGCCACACCUAUGCGCCAAGUGCCCGGUGCAUUCCUCAACACGCCCGCUGCGCCCAGGACCGAUGAUGCUCGACGCUACUUGGACUCGCUUCCUGAAAAGAACACUGCGAGGCCGGUGCUAGGAGGGUUCGGGUCCUAUAAUGCUGGUGGUGCCGGAGUUGCUUCCGGACCCGUGACUGGGCCCGUUUCGGGCUCUGUUGGCGGCGCCGGUGCUGGAACUGUUGCUGCUCCUCGUCCCGUCUCGCAGGUGCCUGUUCCAAUGGUGCCAGCUCAAGCUCGCACAGAUCUACCACCGGUUGCCAAGGCCGCGCGGCGCAUCACCAAUACCCUACUACGUGACGAGAACUACCCCGAUGUUGAUUCUUAUGCUAGAGCUGGCUCCUCCUCGGACUAUGACAUGUACAGGACUGAUGACGCGCCCGGCGCCCCGUUCAAGAAGACUCAUAUGUAUCCCAUCCCCGAUCAAGUCUUUGAGCGGUUAAACAGGGGAGAGGUCAACACGCAACUCGGCCUAUUUGCCGACAUCAACUACGCGUGGGCUGCUAUUGACAGCUCCCUCUUUCUCUGGGACUAUACCCACCCAAACCCCGAACUUAUCGGCUACGAGGAUGCCACCACCACCAUCACCGCGGUUGCCCUAGUGCCCCCCAAACCUGGCGUGUUCGUUAGUAACAUCACCCAUAUUCUAGUCGUUGCUACGGGCACCGAGAUAGUUUUGCUGGGCGUAUCCGCGACACCUACCCCUUCGGGAUCGAAGACCGUCGCCCUCUACCAAACAAAAAUGGCAGUACAUCGCGGAAGCACCGAUGUCAGCUUAAUCAUCGGUACCUCGAACGGCCGUAUCUUCUUUGGCGGUUAUACCGAUACCGACAUCUACGAGCUCCUUUACCAGCAGGAGGAGCGCUGGUUCUCUAGCAGAUGUGCCAAGGUCAACCACACACACCCUGGCUGGACAUCAGUUGUUCCUAACCUCCCAGUGCCAAUGGGCUUCUUGGGCCACCGUGAUCAGGAACACCUUGUUCAGCUGGUUGUCGAUGAUACUCGGAAACUCCUAUACUCGCUCUCGGACAAGUCCACCAUUCGAACAUACUUCAUGGAGCCCUCUGGGAAACUGACAAAAGUCAUCGAAAAGAACAAGGUCUCGUGCCUUAGUGACAUGACGCAUAUGGUUGACUUGAACAGAAACCCUUUGCUUAACGAGAGAGUGAGAAUCGUCUCUCUUAGCGCCAUCUCGGCACAAGAAGCCUCAAAGUCUCACCUCAUGGCACUCACCAACACCGGAUGCCGUUUGUUCCUUACUGCGACGAGCGCGGCAUCCUACAUGCUGAGCGCCUCAACCAGCCUUGCUCCUCAGAGCAUGCAGGUCCAAUACAUCAAGUUUCCUCCUACGAGCGAAGACCAGCAGGUUCCCCUCCGCAACGAGAUCAACACUGCAGUUGCAUAUGCACCUGCACCUGCAGCAGCUCAAGAUCAAAUGUCUGGCUUACUUUCGGAAAGUUGCCUUGGUGAACGUUUUCCUCCGGGUUAUUUCUUCGACGCGGUUCGACCCAAAGAGAGUCGCACGGAUCUGCUCUUUGUAUCAGCCCCCGAUGUCGGCAGACUUAAGCAGAGCGCUGUACUCAGAUAUGUUGAGCAAGGUACUUUCAUCCCCUUGGGUGACGGAAGCCGAGUUCUUUCCAUCGGUCUUACUGGCAACCCUUUUGCGGCUGCAAAACAACCGCUCGGAUUUGGCAACGAGCUAGCUGUUCAGUUCGAUCAUACCCCAAGCGAAUUCGCUGUGCUCACCAACACCGGUAUCCAUAUCGUUCGCCGCAGGAGGUUUGUUGACAUCUUCGCUAAUGCGAUUCGUGUCGCAUCUGGCGAUGAGGAUUUGGACAGCAAGGUGAAAACGUUUACGGCCAUCUACGGCAGGGUCGAAAUGGUCGCGGCUGCCUUGGCGGUAGCAUGUGGUCAAGGAGGAGACGCCCGUCGUGCUGUGGAUCCUCUUACUGAGGACAGGGCGCGGUCCAUCUUCAUCAACUACGGUGGUCAGCCCAAGCUUGCGGACGCAGAUGUUUUGCAGGCACCGGAGGACAACGUACAGCUCUCGGCUCGCCACGAUGCGCUGGUGCUCUAUCUUGCGCGCCUCGCCCGCACCCUAUGGAAGUCCAAGGUCAUUGAGAUAGCCACGGAUAGCGCUUCGGGCGGGUUCACUGUUGGCUCGGCGAUUCCCAUCUCCAAGCUCAUGACGGUACAGGAAAGUGUGCAACGACUAAGGAGAUUCCUUGAGGAAAACAAAAGUCUCAUCCAGGGCCUGGCCGGACCCUCCGAUCGGGUUUCUAGCAGACAAGAGGAGAUCGCUUUGCAGCUGGAGCACCAGUCUCUCCACGCUCUGCGUCAGCUUAUGGACAGCGUGUCUGAGGGCAUCUCUUUCGUCUUGAUGCUGUUCGAUGAGCGGGUAACCGACAUCUUCAUGCGCCUAGAUGAUUCGUCCAAGCAACAGCUGCAAAACCUUACCUAUGAAGCUUUGUUCUCUCAGGACUCUGGAAAGGAGCUCGCCAAGGUUCUGGUGAAGGCUAUUGUUAACCGCAACAUUGCCAACGGAGCCAAUGUCGAGACCGUUGCCGAUGCACUCAGGAGAAGAUGCGGCACUUUCUGCUCCCCUGAUGACGUUGUCAUUUUCAAGGCUCAAGAACAACUGCAGCGGGCCAGCGAGUCAUCGGGCAAUCCUAACCUGAUGCGCACCUUGCUUGCGGAGAGCUUGCGAUUGUUUUCCCAGGUCGCGGGAAGCCUGACCAUGACCAACCUGCGCAACGCGGUCGAACAGUACAUCAAUUUGAAGUAUUACGCUGGUGCUAUCCAGCUGUGCUUGAUAGUUGCGCGAGAGAAGGACCGUGGAAACGCGGCCCUUGCUUGGUUCAACGAAGGCAAGCCGGCUAACGAUCCCCGUGAAAAGGCUUUCAAGGACCGGCAAAGUUGCUAUUCCUUGAUACAUGAGGUCCUUGACCGGCUAGAGAUUGAGUCGGCCUCAGAGCCCGAUGUUGUUGACGGUAGGCCAACUCUUGCUGCCACCAAGCGGGCGGAGGCAUACAGCGUCGUCAAUAGCUCAGACGACGAGGUCUUCCACCUUGAUUUGUACGACUGGUACAUUGAGAAGGGUUGGACCGACCGCAUGUUGGCCAUCGACUCUCCUCAUGUCGUAACGUACCUGCAGAGACUCGCUGCGGUUGAUGCUCAGCACGCCGAUCUUCUUUGCCGGUUCUACACACAACGCAGCCGCUUCUUCGAGGCUGCUCAAGUGCAGGCUGAGCUCGCCAAGUCAGACUUCCCCCUUGGCAUCAAGGAACGCAUUACCUUGUUGAGCAGAGCAAAGGCCAACGCCAGCGUCACCACUGUCGGUGUGAGUCGCCAGCAGCAGCAGCUUCUCAACCACGAAGUGACUGAGCUUCUGGAAAUUGCCCACAUCCAGGACGAUUUGCUUGAGAGAUUAAGGGCCGAUCCUCGCAUAGUACCUGAGAAGCUCCCUGACAUCGAGAAGGUUCUGGAUGGUCCUGUCCAGGGCCUUUCUACUCUCUUCAACGAUUUCGCCGAUCAGGCCGGAUACUACGACCUUUGCCUGCUCAUCUACAACGCCGCGGACUACCAGAACCCGCACACCAUCAAAGAGACGUGGGAGAAUCUCAUCAACCAGAUCCACUUUGAGACCGAGCAGAAGCAAGAGGUGUGGCGCCUCAUUGAGGCAGGCGAGGCAUUGCCCGAGGGUGUCGAGGCUCUUGAAGUUCCACCCCCUAUGCCUUACGAGGCUGUUGUCUCCCAGAUCCAGUCCAUUGCCCACCGCACCUCCCUCGACAGCCUCAUCUUCCCCGUCGACACUCUUCUCCCCAUGGUCUGCGCCUACGCCAUCAACAACCACCAGGACGCCUCGAUCGGUGCUGACCCUUGCUGGCCUGUCGCUGCCUUCCUGCAGCUGGGCGUUCCUCAUGCCCUGAUCGCCCGCGUGCUGGAGAACAUGUUUGACGCUCAGGAGGCGCCCUUCGUUGGCAAGCACAGGAAGUUGGUAGUACAGUGGAUCAACUGCGUCGUCGACUCGUGGAUCCGCGAGAUCGAGCACCGCGGUUCGGCAUCGGGUAAGAACGGCGACGGCGCCAUCACCACCUGGGUGGCUGAGCUGUUGACGAGGGCCGAGGAGGCGUUGGUUGCGAUUGCGGCCGGCACCAGGGACCCCGCUCAGGCGGCGAGCAUCACGGAUACCAGGAGGGACACGAGAGAACUGAAGAGGAAGGUGGAGAUGCUGUCGCAGGCCGAGGCCCAGGGCAGUCUGUUGUUCAGCACCAGGUAGGACCAGGUGAAUCCAACGACUCCCAAGACGCCCAUGAAUAAGAAGAAGCGGACGUCGUAUAAGACCACGGUGGAGGAAAUUCCGGAUGAGAGUUGUGGUGCGGCAGGGGAGGAUUCAAUGAUGGGUAGCAUCCCGGGGAAGUGGAAGAGGGGGUUUACCUGAGACAUGGAAGCGAGGGAGUUGCUGUGAGUUAUGUUUACGAAUAUUGAAUAUUGCUGCCUCUUUUGUGUCGGGGCCUUGAAAAUAUCGCUAUGAAGAUGGCGUGGCGAAGAGAAGGAAACCAGAAUUAAGAGAAAGCGAUACAUUGUUGAUUGACCUUGGAAGUAGGUGUUUUCGAUACUAUCCGCCGUGGUCCUCUUUCUAGCAUUUUGUCGAGUAGAUUGGUACCAAUGGCUUUGGUGUGUGGGUAGGUUGGUUGGUUUGGUUAAUGUGUACUGUACAUAAAGUAUUUAUGUGACUUUUUUCUCCAC